AGCAUUGCUAACCUGCGUAACUGAUAGAUCUACAUAGUGUAUUCUCCUUGGAUAUAUGGAAGACUGAGAGAAUGCCAGAGUCAUCAUAUGAAGACAUAAACAACAUUUAUGCUUACUCUACAAUGCCUCCUUCAAGGCAAUACAGUCAGUCCACAAUGCCUCUCCUGCCUGUUAGCCCUUAUAGUGGUCCUAGUGACUUCUGCACAGAGGAGAACAUAUCAGAGUGCAUGCUAUACAUCAGUCAGGAGCUGUCAUCUCUGGGUUUACCAUCGAUUUUCUACGACUUGAAUGGGAUUCGACAGCUUGAUGUCAUGUCAACACUAAACAGCAUGUAUGAUCUGCUGCAGCUGCAUAGGCGUGCUGUGGGAGCGGUGGAGGAGCUCGAAGUGGAGCAGCUCAAGGUCAGCAGUGACUUACACUGCCAACAGCUCACCAGCUCCAAACUCAAGGACCAGCUUGAACUGUCCAAAAAGGAAAAUGUCAGAUUGCGGGAACGAGAGCGGCAGUUGGAGACAAGCAUUAAGACGUUACAAAGUUGUUUAAAAAAUGAAAAAGAGGAGGUUCAGAAGCUACAGAACAUCAUUGCAAGCCGUGCCACGCAGUACAACCAUGAAAUGAAGAGGAAAGAGAGGGAGUUCAGUAAGCUUAAAGAGCGCCUCAAUCACUUGCUGACAGAAAAGAAGGACAAGAAACAAGGGAUGGAAGUUUUGAAUUACGUUGGGAGGUCCGAUGGGAGGAGAAGUCAGUGGAAAACUGGUAAAACAGAAGGAAGACAUGAAAGUGAAAUGUACAAGACUCUUCUAAAUGAGUUUGAUAAACAUCAGAAGGAGCUGAUGUUGGAGAACGCAGAGCUGAAGAAAGUGCUCCAGCAAAUGAAGCGGGAAAUGGUGGGCAUUUUAAGUCCAAAAAGACACAGCCAAAAAGAAGAGAAAUCCACUGACUUCACAGAUCAGCAAAUACCUUCUGAUGACGAGGAGACUUCAGAGAUGUCAUGUGAACAUGCUCGGGAAAAGCUCACCAACAGCAUUCGGCAGCAGUGGAGGAAGCUCAAAAACCAUGUAGAGAACCUAGACAAUAAAGCGUCUAUGGUGCAGCUGGGAAAGGAGGUCAGUGAGGAGAUGAUUUCUAAACAGCUUCAUCAGGAAGAAAUGGAGAGACUCAAGAUGGAGAUCCAGCAGUGCAGGGACUUCAUUCGGACGCAGCAGCAGCUUUUGCAGCAACAACUCAACACUCCAUGCGAUGAGGAAACUGCAGCUGUCCUGAAUGACUGCUACAUGUUGGAAGAGAAGGAGCGCCUGAAAGAGGAGUGGAGAACUUUUGAUGAGCAGAGGAAGAACUUUGAAAUGGAGAGGAGGAGUUUCACAGAGGCAGCCAUUAGACUGGGCCAUGAGAGGAAGAUGUUUGAGGAAGACCGUGCAACCUGGCUAAAACAUCAGUUUUUGAACAUGACGUUUACCGACCAGAUGAAAAUGAAGACACAGAAUAGCUUAUCAGAAUAUUCUGUUCAAGAACAGAAACACCUAUCAGGUCCCAAAACUCCACUUUAGCAGCCUCCCCAGCAGGCCAGGGAAAGAGUUCGGUGCGAUGGGACCCCACUGCAGAGCAUACUUUGCACUAAAGGGGACCAGAGAGCUAAUUUAUGUCGUAUACAACUUCCAAGCCAAUACAGCUUAUUUUACAAACAUGAUUAUCACAUGCAGUGGUGUGGUUUACAGUCCGAAUAUUGCUUCAUCUUUAUGGGUCUUGAGUUGUAAUCAUUAGAAACUGUAAGGAUUUCGUUUCAUAAUGAAAGUUGCAAAAGGAAACACCCACUGCCAGUAACAUUUUUAUUAUUAUGAUUCUGUUUUUAUCAUUAUGAUUCUGUCAAACACUUUUUGUUGUAUUCAUAGGACGCAAGUGGAAUGUUUAAAUGGCUCUAGAUUGGAUCACAUUCUAAGCCUAAUGCUAAUUCUAAUGUGUGCAUUGCAUGAUGUAGCCUUAAUGUUUUUUUUUUUAUUUUAGUGAUUAUGCUUAGUAUAUUGUGGAUAUGUUAACGCCAAAUGUAAAAGGAACUGUGUAAUUAUACUUGUAUAUAUAAA